UUGUGGUUGUUGUGGUGGUGGUUGUUGUUGUGGUGGUUGUUGUUGUUGUGGUGGUGAACCCAGGUAGAGGCUCGCUCCUCCCUCUCGUAGGGAUAUCAAUUGAGUAGCAGCGAGUAUGGAAUCGAUGUCCAGGUUGGAACAUUACAGCGCAGGGCCUUGCCUCCUGCCCUCGCCUGAUUGCAUUAAUUAUCUGCUCACUACUUUGAAACUUUGUUUUAUUUUAAAUAUUUCUACGUUUUUAUUUAUUUUACCAGGCAUAGCCCACUUGAGCUACACCGCUCUUGUUUUCAGAAGCGACCUGCCCACAACACAGUGGGCUUAUCAACUUGUGGAAAUGUUUGUCGGUCAAAUACUCCAAACGCGUGGUGAUGUUGACUCUAAAUGUGCAGGGGAAAACCGCAGGAUCCGGAGGAAAAUCCACGCGUCCACGGAGAGAGAGACGCGCAAACUCCAAAUAUACAGCCAUAAUAGAGCUGAUGAUUCCUCUGCAGAAUUGGUCUGAUGGAGCAAAGGCACUCAGCGCAGCUCGGUACAAAAAGGCAACAAUACAACCAGUGUGCAUACAGCACGGAUCAAACUGGACAUUUGACACAGCACCAGAGAACUCGCACAGGAGAGAAACCCUUCAAGUGCACUGUGUGUGACAAGGCAUUUGCAUGGUCAUCAGGUCUUCAUAACCACCAGAGAACACACACGGGAGAGAAACCCUUCAAGUGCAGUGUGUGUGGGAAGUCAUUUUCACAGUCAUCUGGUCUUGUUUUACACCAGAGAACACACAGCGGAGAGAAACCCUUCAGGUGCACUUUGUGCGGGAAGGCGUUUUCACAGUCAGCUGGUAUUUUAUUACACCAGAGAACACACACAGGAGAGAAACCAUUCAAGUGCAGUCUGUGCGGAAAAGCGUUUUCACAGUCAUCUAGUCUUGUAUUACACCAGAGAAUACACACGGGAGAGAAACCCUUCAGGUGCAGUCUGUGCGGGAAGGCAUUUGCACAGUCAUCUGGUCUUGUUUUACACCAGAGAACACACACGGGAAAGAAACCCUUCAGGUGCACUUUGUGCGGGAAGGCAUUUUCACAGUCAUCUGCUCUUGUAUUACACCAGAGAACACACACAGGAGAGAAACCCUUCAAGUGCAGUCUGUGCGGAAAGGCGUUUUCACAGUCAUCUAGUCUUGUAUUACACCAGAGAACACACACGGGAGAGAAACCCUUCAGGUGCACUGUGUGCGGGAAGGCAUUUUCAGGUUUAUCAAAUCUUAAAACACACCAGAGGACAUACAAUCAUCAGAAGAUCCCCAAAGAGUGGAGUCUGAAAUCGGCUUGUGAAAGUCAAAGUGCUGCAUUGACCCCAUCCCUCAUGAAACAAGAACUAAAUCCCAGCUUGGACACUUUUAAAGGUAUCAAGGUGAAAUGUGAAGAGGCGAAGCUGCUGGAAGACGAAGGCGGUUGGUGA